GAAUUCUCGUGAUCCAUUCGUUUUUUUUUAUAAAAAUAAAAACGAACUUAUUUAAUCCUCAUUCUCCAAUACCUCUGUUUGUUUCUCGGGAAAAUAAAUGUGAGAAAUCGUUGGGCUACGCUAAGGUUUCCCAAAGGUACUUUAUGACAUUAUUUAGUGAACUUAGUUCGAUUGUGAUUAGGAAUUGGAGAUAUAUUUGGUAUUAAGGAACAAUAUUCGAGUAUUAUUUUAGUCAUAAGAUUGAGUGAAAAGAGACCCCAAAAAGAAAAAAAAAAUGCCAAGAAGUAGAAACGAGAAGGAUGAAAUUGAGAAGUACAUGGGUUUGAGUAAGCUAGCUCAGGUUCUCUCCUUUUUGGUUGUUUUCGUGGCGGGUGUGGUUUUAGGAUUGGUUAUGAGCUCGCAUAUCAAUCAGCAUUUUGUUUCGAAAACUGAGGUUUAUUCCUUCAUCAAUCACUUUUCGACUGAUGGGCCGGGUGUGAAGGAUGAGAACUGUACCAUUGUGAGGGAUUGUGGCAAGGCUGAGGAUUGUUUGAGCAUGAACGCGCUUCUCAGGCCGAAGAACUUGACACAUCGAUUGUCGGACAACGAGCUCUUUUGGAGAGCUUCAAUGGUGCCACAGAAGGAAGAGUAUCCCUAUAAGAGAGUGCCUAAAGUGGCAUUCAUGUUUUUGACAAGGGGGGCAUUGCCAUUGCUCCCGUUAUGGGAGAGGCUUUUUCGGGGACAUGAGAAGCUUUUCUCCAUUUAUGUCCAUGCUCUUCCUGGUUAUAAGCUCAACGUAUCGACUACGUCCCCCUUUCACAGACGGGAAAUCCCAAGUCAGCAUGUUUCAUGGGGUACAGUAACACUUGCUGAUGCAGAGAGGCGUCUACUAGCCAAUGCGUUGCUCGAUUUCUCAAACGAGCGGUUUGUCCUUCUUUCUGAAAGCUGCAUCCCAGUCUACAACUUCUCGACCAUAUACAACUAUCUCAUUGGUUCUACCCAAAGCUUUGUUCAGGCAUACGAUGAACCUACCCGUUAUGGGCGUGGCCGUUACAGCCGCAGGAUGCUUCCUGAUAUCAAGCUCUAUCAAUGGCGAAAAGGGUCUCAAUGGUUUGAACUUAACCGCGCUCUAGCUGUGUAUAUUGUCUCAGAUACAAAGUACUAUACCCUUUUCAAGAAAUAUUGUUUGCCUGCUUGCUAUCCAGAUGAGCAUUACUUACCAACUUACAUUAACAUGUUUCACGGUCCGCUAAAUUCAAAUCGGACCGUGACUUGGGUUAACUGGUCGAUCGGAGGGCCUCACCCUGUGACCUAUGGAGAAGCUAACGUUACAGUAGAUUUUAUACAGGCAAUAAGAAAUAAUGGAACCCCUUGUCAGUACAAUACGCAGACGACAUCCAUUUGUUACCUGUUUGCUCGGAAAUUCGCUCCAAGUGCCCUGGAGCCUUUGCUCAACCUCUCCUCAUCAGUGAUGAAAUUUUGAGAAUUUUGGUUCCUCAGUGAUGAGUUACUUCUGGUUUUUUCUUAACCCUCAAAUUCCUAGAUUUUGAUAGGGGUUUAUUAUAUAGUUUUUAAUCAUCUAAUUAUUUCUUUUUCCUAGUUCAAAAUGUACAGCUUUUAGUUGUUAUCUUUUCUCUUUGGAGAAUUUUCUGUGUCGAUCUCUGAAGAGAUGAUAACAAGUUAUUCUUUACCUAGAAUUUGAGAGGAGAAAU